GUUUGCCGGCUGAGGCCCUGUCUGCGGCUCUGCUGCCACCACUCUCAGUUGAUGGCCAAUGGGCAGUGCGGUGGCAGCAUCGAGAUGGACCUGACACGACUGAAUCCGUACCUGAACGUGACGCUGGACAACGGCACGGUGGCAAGGCGACACUUCCAGACUGAGUUUGUCAUUCAGAGCGAUCUGCCGCUUCCCUGCAACGAUAUGUACCCACUCAACGAUGGAGAGGAGAUGGAUCAGUACAUAGUGUUUGAGAAUGGGUCCUUCUUCCGAUCCUACGACAGUGCAACGAUGAGCAAGCGGGAAUACUGCCUUCAGCCGUAUCACUUCAACAAAGGCGAGACGGAGUCAUUCCGGAUAAUUGCCCACGACUGCACGAUUGAGUCGAAAGAGUCGAAAGUCGACAAGAUUGGCCAAACCAUUGUGAUCGUGCUUAGCCUCUUGUGCCUCGCCUGCACGAUCACCGUCUAUCUGUAUCUGAAGAAGCUGCAGAAUCUCCAUGGAAAGUGUUUCGUUUGCUGUCUGUUCUGCCUGUUUAUAGUUUACCUUUGCCUACUGCUGGACUUGUGGGAUCUGACAAUGAACAUUUGCCAGCCAUCAGGUUACAUUGGCUACUACUUCGCGAUGGCCAUGUUCCUGUGGCUGUCAGUCAUCAGUUGGAAUCUCCGCUGCACACUCGGCUGCAGUGUGAGCGCUCUGAGUCGGGAUCUGCCGGCAUACGUGUUUCUUGUGUGCCACAUCUAUGCCUGGGGAGUGGCGCUCAUACUCACGGCCGUCACUUAUAUGGUGGAUCACCUAGUGGAGGAUAAUGCGGAGAAUGAGUCCUGGAUGCCAGGCGUUGGGUUCUACAACUGUUGGAUCAAGAGUGGGUCGCUUAGCUGUCUCCUGUUGGGUUGGACUAACAGUAUUCAACAGUAUUCAACUCUUCCUGUAGCUCACGACUGGUCGGCCAUGCUUUACUUCUAUGGACCGAUGUCGAUUCUGAUCAUUUUCAAUGUUACCAUGUUCAUUCUCACGGCAAUGCGAAUUGUUGCGGAUAAACGCGAACUGCAGGAUAUUGGCGAUCGCCAGGAGAGAAAGCGCAAACUAAACUCCGACAAACAGACCUAUUGCUUCUUUCUGCGACUCUUCAUCAUCAUGGGCGUGCACUGGAGCCUGGAGAUACUCUACUACUUGUUGCAGGACGACCGGAUAGUGAAUAAAGUGUUUCUGGUGGCCGAUUACUUCAACUGGACUUCACAGGGCAUCAUCAUCUUUUUCCUGUUCGUGAUGAAGCGCAGUGUUUUGAGGUUGUUCAAGGAACGAAAUCAGUCAAGGAACACACGAAGUGUCGCAAGCAUCAAAUUCCACUCGAGUCGCAAUACAAAUGGACGUCAAACAGCUCAACUCCCGCAAGAUAACUCAACCGCGCAGGUCUCUAUCCAGAUGUAGGAGCCAUUCUAUGGAAAGCUUACUUACGGCCAAUACCAGACACCAUUUUACCGCUUCGUGCCAAACCAUCGUUUUUAUACCCGUACUCAAAAAAGAGUUAAGGGGUAUAUUAGAUUUGUGGUAAAAGUGGAUGUGUGCAAC